AUGUCAACAUGCACCAUCACCCAGGCUCUACGGCACAUUUGCUUGAUGGGAUCCAUUGCUAAGGCAGCAGCUGUGGGCCGUGGUCGUUGUUCUGUAUUGCACCCCAACAAUGUUCGGUACCUCAUCACCCUCUCCCAGCACAAUCCCGCCAAAUUCCUCGACAAGUAUCAGGAUGCUCUCGAUCGCUUUUGGUGCUGCCCUGUCCACAUCACCACCAUCCACCAAGCAUUUGCCCUAGCCAAGAUCCAUCUGAAACGAGUACAGAAAAUUGCAGCCAAAAGGGACCCUCUCCUUGAAUCUGACUUCAUUCGUUGCAUAUCACCAUAUCCGGCGCACUACCUUGUCACGGUUGAUGAAAUGUCAAAGGAUGAUCACACAUAUGCACGCAUGUGGGGUUGUUCACUGCGGAGGUGCCGGACAGAGGCCAAGAACCCUUUCAUCCACAAACAUCGAUUCACAGUGAUCGGAGCAAUGGUAUUGGACGAAGGGGUGAAAGCAUCUUGUGUGCUUGAGGGAUCAUCGGACCAUGAUACCUUCUAUGUCUUCCUAGAGAAGGAUCUGCUCCCUGUAAUGAACCCAUAUCCUGCUCCUUGCAUUGUGCUCAUGCUUGAUAAUGCACGCAUCCACCACUCAGAAGACAUUCAAGACCUUGUAGCUUCCUAUGGUGCGGAGACUCUACUCUUGUGCUUUCCACUUAUGUGCAGUACUGCAGGUUGCAAGAUUGAUACCUCCCUCUGUAAGGGCAACUCCUGCCAGCCCAAAGGAAGAGAGUACACAGCACACAACAACCUCACAUGA